AUGGAGAGACAGGCACAGCAGCGAGCCAGGGAGGCCUUCCUGAGCGGCCGGACCCGGCCCGUGGAGUUCAGGCUGCAGCAGCUUCACGCCCUGCAGAGGAUGAUCACUGAGAAGGAGACCGAGAUUUGCACUGCGCUCAAACAGGACAUCAGCAGGAGCCAGUACGACACACCGCUCCUGGAGCUGAUUGGUAUCGAGAAUGAGAUCAAGCUGGCUAUAGAGAAGCUGGCAGAGUGGGCGGCUCCGCGGCCGGUGGAGAAGAACCUGUUCACCAUAUCAGAUGAGGUGUAUAUCAAGCCGGAGCCUCUGGGAGUGGUGCUCAUCAUCGGGGCCUGGAACUACCCCUGGUCCCUCACCCUCCAGCCGCUGGUUGGAGCAAUCGCUGCCGGCAACGCAGCUGUGGUGAAGCCGUCGGAGCUCAGCGAGCACUCGGCCCUCCUCCUCCGGGCUCUGCUGCCUCGCUAUCUGGACAAGGAGCUGUACCCAGUGGUGACAGGCGGAGUGUCAGAGACCCAGGAGCUGCUGAGGCUCAGGUUUGAUCACGUCUUCUACACAGGCAGCAGCACAGUGGGCAAACUGGUGAUGGAGGCUGCGGCUCGCCACCUCACCCCAGUGACCCUGGAGCUGGGCGGGAAGAGCCCCUGCUACAUCGACAAGAACUGUGACAUCAGAGUCGCCUGCCGCCGUAUCACAUGGGGAAAGUUUGUGAACUGCGGCCAGACGUGCAUCGCGCCAGACUUCAUCCUGUGUGAACCCUGCAUCCAGGGCAAAGUGGUGGAGUGCAUCCGACAGACUCUACUGGAAUUUUACGGGGCUGAUCCCAAAUGCUCACCAGACUACGGCCGAAUCGUCAACCGGCGUCAUUUCGACCGAGUCAUGGGGCUGAUGGAGGGCUACACUCCUGUGGUGGGAGGACAGAGUGACGCCACGCAGCGCUACAUUGCCCCAACAGUGCUGAAGGACGUGCCCCCUCACUCCAGGCUGAUGCAGGAGGAGAUCUUCGGCCCCCUGCUGCCCAUAGUGACUGUCAGUGACAUGGAUGAUGCCAUCCGCUUCAUCAAUGAGAGAGAGAAAGCUCUGGCCCUCUACAUCUUCUGCUCUGAUAAGAAGGCAAUCAAAAGGAUGAUCGAGGAGACCACAAGUGGAGGAGUGACCGUCAAUGACGUCAUGAUACACUACACACUCAACUCUCUCCCGUUUGGUGGUGUUGGUCAGAGCGGUAUGGGCCGCUACCACGGUCAACACACCUUUGACCAGCUGAGCCACCAGAGGGCGUGCCUGGUCCGCUCUCUGGGCAUGGAGCGGGUCAACCUGGCCCGGUACCCUCCUCAGGACCGCCGGCGGGCUCGCAGGGCGCGGAUGGCCCUCAGGUCACCCCUGAUCGACAUGUCCAAGAGGACACUGGCCUGGGCCGUCGCUGCCACCAUCAUUGGCCUGGGCCUGUUCGUCACGCUGCUGGUCAUCCUGCUCAUAGCUUCAGGCCUCAACUGCACCUGCUGGUACUGGAGAGGCUUUUAUAACUAGAGACACUUCCAUUCCCUUCGUAAAAUCCAUCCAAAUAAGAAAGAGUUCCUGCUGUAACGACUGAACACAUCUGAACACACUUUGAAUCCUGUUUUGUACUCAGAUAUUUUAAAGAUGAGAAACAGGAUAACCCUUUGAUCUAACUUUUAUUUGUUGUGUAUAUAUUUUAUAUCAGAUGUCCCUCAGCGAUGAGACAAACAAGGCUAAAUACUG